AUGCCUACUCCAGCCAAGCUCGUGCCCACAGCAGUCUCGGCCCUCCGCGUGAGCAGGCACCCGAUCCCGGCCCACGCCCGCAUCCCCAACACCAGCAUCCAGAACAAGCCCGUGCUCAUCUACCACGGCGCCUUCCCGGCCGGCGACGCCACCACGGCGUCGGGCAUCGAGGCCCACCUCUCCGCCGUCGGCGUGGUGGCCCCGCAGUGGUGCUACACCAUGUACAGCACGACGCACUUCCACUCCACCACCCACGAGGUCCUCUGUAUCAGCCGGGGCCGGGCGCGCCUCUGCCUCGGGGGCGAGGACAACCCGGGCCGCGUGGAGCCCGUGGUCGGCCGCGGGGACGUCUUGGUGCUCCCCGCCGGCGUGGGCCACCGCCUGCUCGAGGACAUGGGAGGGUUCGAGAUGGUCGGCAGCUAUCCCGUCGGGUGCAGCUGGGAUAUGUGCUACGGGAAGGAGGGCGAGGAGGGCAAGGUGCAGGGGAUCAAGGACAUCCCGUGGUUCAGUGCAGAUCCUAUCUAUGGCGAGAAGGGACCUGCGAUGGACCUCUGA